AUGGAUCAUUUAGAGCAAGAGAAUCGUGAACUCCUUGAAGAGGUGAAUACUUUGAGGGACAAUUUCGAAAGGCUCACUGCUAUGAUGGAAACUCUGGCGGAUGCUCAGAAUCAGCCUCCGCCACCACCUCCUCAGACUCCUCUUAAGAGGUAUCAACCUGCUGUUGAAGUUCCUGUGGCUCAACCUGUUAUGUCUAUACCACCUCCUAUGGUCCAUGUUACUCCUUAUGUGGAAGAACCUAUUUUCCAUGUUGAUCAGAGUGAAACUUUUGACUCGUGCUGCUUUGAAGUGGUACAUGGGAUUGAUAGCACAUACAUCCGUACUUUCAACGAUCUAGGAGAAGCUUUUGUUCGUCAAUGCAAGUACAAUGUUGAAAUGGCACCGGACCGAGAUCAAUUUCAUGCCAUGUCCCAAAAGGAUAAGGAAACUUUCAAAGAGUAUGCACAAAGAUGGAACGAGAUUUCCGCGCAAGUCGGUCCUCCACUAGAAGAGAAAGAAAUGACAAAGUUGUUUUUGAAAAAGUUGAGUCUAUUUUACUAUGACCGGAUGGUUACAGGCUCUCCUAGUGAUUUUACCGAGAUGUUAAACAUGGGAAUAAGAUUAGAAGAAGGUGUUAGUGAGGGACGAUUGAAAGAGAGCGGUUCAUCUGACAGUUCCAAAAGGUAUGGGAAUGGUUUGCCCAAGAAGAAGGAACAUAAUGCUAACGCCAUUUCGUAA